AUGGAAGGUUCGGAAAAUCCCAAACCCGGCAAAGAUGCGGAAAAGGAUACGGCAGCAGCCAAGAAGGGCCGCCAUCGCAGCCGACACAAAUUUAACUCCAUUCGCAAGCACAUGGAGUUUUACUUCUCGGAUGCUAAUUUAUCCAAAAGCCGGUACAUGGGAGAGCUACUGCAGAACGGACCGUUCAUUCCGCUGGAGGAGUUUUUAAAGUUCAACAAAAUUAAAGCACUGACUACGAACGUGGAAGACAUUGGAAAUGCACUGACAAAUUCCACCCUUCUAGAGCUUUCCGAUGAUCGUGCCAAGGUGCGCCGCCGGACAGAAUUGGUUGCAAAGGAAAACUGCGAAGAAUGUACGAUUUAUGUGGAAUGUUUACCACCGAAAGCCAACCACGAGUGGGUGACGAAUGUGUUCUCGAGCUACGGCAAGGUGGUGUAUGUGUCGUUACCCACCUUUAAACACUCGCGCAAGAUCAAGGAGUUUGGUUUUGUGGAGUUUGAUGAAGAAGCGAGCGUGCAAAAGGCACUGAAAGCCUUUCAAACAUUUGGCGGAGUGCUGGCAUUCGAUACAACUGAUCCGGCAAAGAUGGCGAGCAUUAAGACGUACGAGCAGGACAAGACCGAAGAGCCGGAAGGGAAUGAAUCGGUAGACAAAGAAUCUGAUAGCAAAAACCCUGCGGAAGAUACAGUAGGUACAGUUCCCGCAGUAGACGAGGAAACAAAAGAGGAGGAAGACUCGGAAGAACCUCCGGCAAAAAGACACAAAGUCGAACCGACGAGUGACGAGGACGACGAUACACAGGAUGAGCAGCAAUCGGAUCGGGAGGGAAAUGUGCAAAAGGGCGGCCGCACAAGCGACGAUGAAUUCCAUACAGAUCAAGACGAUCCUGCCGGGGAGGACGAAAACAAGAAGCCAAACGAGGAAGUAAAAGAAGAGCAUGGCAAUGGCCAGGGUAUGCAAGUAGAAGGAGGUGGUAAGAAAAAAUGUCGCCAAAGGAAGGGAUGUAGCAUCAUCAAGAAAGAGCUGCAACUGGAUGAUAAGGUUUAUGAGCUGAAAAUUACGACCAAGAAAGAUUGGCGACGGUUAAGGAACAAAUAUUUAAAUUUGCAGAAGCAAGAAGCGAAAAAAUUGAAGCGGCUUUUCCAGCAAACGAAUAAACAGCAUAAAAGGGGCCACCCUAAAGCAACAACUUCGAGCGCGGGCAGUGGAAUUGCGAUCAAAUCGAUUAAAUCAUCUCCGAGGGUUAACUUUUACGGUGCCAUGCCGGUCGAUGAGGAACAGGGUGACGGAAUGGACGGAUCAAACGCUCUGCAACCGGAAGCACCAGAGGAAAGUGUCGCCAUAGCGAAGCGUCCUCUGUUUUCCUUCGAACCUGGUCUGAUCGUAAGCGUCAAAUUUCGGGAGCCUUGUAUCGACGUGAAGGAUUUCCGCGCGGAACUACGGCAGCAUCCGUACGUGAAGUAUAUCGACCUCAAGGAGGGAACUUUUGAGGCUUUCAUACGUGUCGAUAAGCCUGCGUCGGCCAAUGCGUUGGUGAAGGAGUACAAUUCGGCGGAAUACAGCGCACAUAUACUGAGUGGCGAACAAGAGCAACAGUACUGGGACAAAAUGAUGCGCGAUCGGGAGGAUAAGCUGAACAAGCGGGUUAAAACGGAACGGAUCCGAGGUCGUACGAAAUUGAUUCGUAAGAUUAACAAUCACAUUAAGUUUGAUGAUGAUGAUGAUUGA